AUGGCGGAAACAAGCGGAGAAUGCCUGUUUGGACGCGAAUGUCGUAUACAGGGAGCUCCAUGCAACCCUGCGACUGGGACUGGACAUAAGUGCCGGAAAUGUGGUGGCAACUUUCAUGCAGUAUGUGCCAGUUUUCGAAGUGAGGAUCCUGGAUUUUGUGGUUGUCAAUCGCCGCCUCCUCCCAGCAAUGAUGUGCAGUCAGCGAUAGCAAUUGACGAAUCGGAAGGAGAUGGCAUGUCAGUGUCCUCUCGCACGUCACAGUUAGAUGAUGGGAUGGAGGGACCAAGCUCGAUGUUUCAAGAUCCCACUGCUGCUGCAAGAACCAACAAAGCACGACCAAAACGAAAACAUUCUUCUACAGAAGCUGAGUCUGCUUUGUGGGACAACUUACGUGUUCAGGACGAAGCAGCGCUCGAAGCAUCAGUGGAAGCUAUCCGCGAGAAUACGAUAUCGAAGAAGAGCAGGAAGAUGUAUACCAGCUCCAUGAUACGUCUUUUGCAAUGGCUCUAUGUCAACAGAAAGGAAGUUCUCACCAAGGAGUUCAGGGAGCUCAUGGAAGACAAAAUAUCAUGA